AUGCUGGUAACGAAGACCUUAGGUUUUCUCCUUCUAGCGGCUUGCCAGCUAGUCUGGGCAGCCUCGGUCGACCAGGGUGCGAUCCAGGGAUGUAAACCAACCCUGCUAACGUCUGGUUUUUCUGUCACCUUCUACAGUAUGCCUAUUCGUGUUGGCAGCAGUCCCUGCUACGAUCCGAUUUACUCAAACUCUGCAUACCUCCAUGGUGGCUACGAAACUUACGGGUACGGUGAACAGGGCAGGAGUUCUGGUGUGACAGACUUGACAUUCGAUUCGGGCAGUGUGAGCGGUAGCUGUUCCAUCGUGAAAAGAUACAUGCCUAGCAACUACAACUAUCCAAACUUGUUGACGGUCACAAACUUCUCUAUGCUGGUUACAGGUUACUUCUUGCCGCCUGAAAGUGGUACCUACAUCUUCGACCUCAAUUACGUCGAUGACUUGUCAUACAUCAACGUAGGAGCAGGCAAUGCUUUCAAUUGUUGCCAAGUCGGCCAAUCGGUAUCAAACCCCGGCCCCUUCACUCUUUUUGCGAUCUGGCCCCAAACCUCCAGCACAAUUAGUGUCGAUUUGAUCGCAGGUGUUUACUAUCCUAUUCGUCUCUUCUUCGUGAACCGAAACUAUCUUGGUGGAUUGAAGUUCUAUUUUAACGACCCGCAAGGCGUUCAACAUACAGAUUGGGCAACCUACAUUUUUUCCACACCAGACGGGCCCAAUUGUGACGUACCAGCAGACCACACCAAGGUAGUGUGGACUGAAUCGUACACUUCUUCUUAUACUACCGUUUCUACGUUCACUAAUUCCCUGGGACAGCUGACGACAAACAAUGUCAUUGUCGAAGAGAGCCCCACCACUUAUCAAAGCACGAGUAGAUCGACAAGAUCGUACAGCGGCUCUGUGACCACGACUUAUUCGACUACACUUGUCACAGUGACCCGAAGCGACGGUUAUCGAUCUGUUGACACAGUCUACUAUGUGGAGACUCCAGUCGUAGCCAAGAGCUCAACUUCCAUCAAGGGAUGGACUGGGUCGGUAACGUCGACAUACUCUACUGCAUUGACAACGUUCACCGGGUCUGAUGGUAUCCCAACGAUAGAGACAGUCUACUACGUGGAGACUCCAAUCGUCGGUAAGAGCUCGACCACAACGAAAGGAUGGACUGGCUCAGUGACCUCUACCUACUCGACCGCUAUAAGCACCUUCACUGGGUCUGACGGUAUUGCUACAACCGAGACAGUCUAUUACGUGGAGACUCCAAUUGUCGGCAAGAACUCCACUACUGUCACCGGAUGGACUGGGUCAGUGACCUCUACCUACUCGACCGCUAUAAGCACCUUCACUGGGUCUGACGGUAUUGCUACUACGGAGACUAUCUACUACGUCGAGACCCCAAUUGUUGGCAAGAACUCCACUACUGUCACCGGAUGGUCUGGGUCAGUAACAUCUACCUACUCCACAGAGUUGACCACCUUCACCGGUUCAGAUGGUAUUCCAACCACCGAAACAAUCUACUACGUGGAAACCCCAAUCGUCGGAAAGAACUCCACUACUGUCACAGGAUGGACUGGGUCAGUAACAUCUACCUACUCCACAGAGUUGACCACUUUCACUGGUUCUGACGGUAUUCCAACGACCGAAACUAUCUACUACGUUGAGACACCGAUUGUU